UCAGUAAGACAAUGUUAAACAACUUAUAAAUGCAAAUUUUGGGAAUCUCAAUAUUCUGUGCAUUCCAUUUAAUUAGCAUUUAUGGUGUAUUUUGAGUAUACCUAAAAUGUAGAUGAAUUUGUUAGAUUUGAUAUUGAAUAUUCUGCACACAGUUAAUUUGUAGUUUCUGAAUUUUUCAGGAGAAAUUGGAAACUAAGCACUUAAGGAUGGCUUCUAAUCAUAUAGUUAACUUUGUCCAAAAGUCCCUUUAGUGAAAAGUCUGAAUGUGGAAUGAGGAUUUCACAUUGUUAGGAUGUUAUAGGACCCAUGAGAUAAUCAUUUCUCACUUUAGAUGUAGGAAAUUGCCCCAAGUCUUGCCUGUCUUGAGUUUAGCCCUUAUUUUCCAACUCUUUGUGGAAAGGAGGAGCAUUCCUGGAGAAAAGACAAGUAGAAGAAAGGUUAAGACAAAAGUGAAGGGACCAGAUUGAAUGUCACUGUCCUUGAAUAAGGAAAGGGAUAUGAGCUCUAUGUGACACUUGAAAAAGUUGUUCCCCAAGACAGAUCUAACUUCAGAUAGAUGUAAACCACAAAGCUAAUACUAGCAGAACCGUGUGUGUGUGUGUGUGUGUGUGUUGAUCACAGCCAAUAAUUAUAUUUGAGCCAUGACUCUAGUCUGGCCUUUUGCUGGUUAAUUGGAAAUAGACUGUCAGACUUUUCUAUCCUGACUUUGAGCAAUAAUCCUCUGAUCUCAUCCUCCUCAAUAGCUAGUAUUACUUGUGUGAGCCACCAACACCCCAGUUAAAAGAAACUUAUUAGAUUAAUUGAAUCAGUGGUUAACCCCAGAGCAGGAAUCAACAAACUUUCUGUAAAGGGCCAGAUGGAAAAUAUUUUAUUCUCUGUAGAUCAUGUGUUCUCUGUGGAAGCCACUGUAGCACAAAAGUGGGCAUUCACACAAAUGAAUGAAUGGGCAAGCCUGUGCUUCUAAAGUAUGUUAUAAAACUAGGUGGUGGACCAGUAUAAUUAGUUUCAAAUUCUAGCCUGUUUUAAUUAUCCUUAGCUGUAUGAUAAACUUCUCCCUAACACAAUAUAAAAUAGGUAUAAAAUAGUAGCCACUGUAUUGUUUUUUCGUUAUUCUGGACUCUUCUAGGCAUAGGUAUUUGUGCUAUUUUUGCUAGUGGUCACUGGGGAGGCUGCAUUUAGUUAAUAGUUUGAUUAGAGACUGGAUUCAGGAAAGAAUAUGGGGAUGGCUGGGCUUCUGACUCUCCAUGUUAUGUGAAUGAUCUACCUUUUACAAUGUCUUUCCCUUCUAGCACAUUAGCUAGACUUAAGUGAUAGUUUAGGGUAGCCCAAGGCCAAAGGUUUGAAUAUCAUUUCUACUUUAUUCUUUGGGUUAUUCCAGGUCCCAAUGUAAAGGGGAACACCACCUGUGGCAGUCCACACCUCUAAUCCCAGAACUCAGAAUACAGACACAGGAGGGUGCUGAGUUUAAUGCCAACCUGUGCUGCAUAGCUAGACUUUGUCUUAGAAAAAGUAAAGGGGAAAAAUUUUAAAUGCAAGGGCCAGGAGUGGUCACCAACAAAACAGACAGCUAUCUCUAACUUCUUUAAGUAUAUAUUACAGAAAAAUGUUAACAUAUACUGUCUGAUGUAUAGUUGAUAUUUUAUAAAAUGAUAAUAGUAUAGGGGAAGUAUGCACAUAUAUACUGUAGUGUAUCCUUAAAACUUACGUGUAGCAGCACUUUUAGAAUUAAAUUAAGCCAUUGUAGAAUCUAGUUUUGUUGUAUGGUAUGUGAUAAAUGUCAAACAAGUGAAUUCAUUAUGUUCUUGUUUUCUUUGUUUAUUUUUUUGGUCAGUCGUGUGGCUUGAACUCUGGGCCUGGGCACUGUCCCUGAGUUCUUCAGCUCAAGGCUAGCCCUCUACCACUUGAGCCACAGAGGCACUUCCAACAAGUAACAGAGGACACAUUUCUUAAUUGGCUCGCUCUAAGAACUGAUGCCUAAACCAUCUCAGCAUGGCCUUAACAGGAAGAGGCGGACAGGACCUGCCUCACUCAGCCACUCUCUCCCCAGUUAGCCCUGGAAGCCUUUCCUCCCAUACAACCUGUACCCAUAGUAUAUGCAUGGUGUCUGACUUUUUCUACCCAAAUAUGGGAGGUGUGGAAAGCCACAUUUACCAGCUCUCUCAGUGCCUGAUUGAAAGAGGGCACAAGGUCAUAAUUGUCACCCAUGCUUAUGGAAAUCGCAAAGGCAUCCGUUACCUCACUAAUGGCCUCAAAGUUUAUUACUUGCCUCUGAAAGUCAUGUACAACCAAUCUACAGCCACGACCCUCUUUCACAGCCUGCCAUUGCUCAGGUACAUAUUUGUUCGGGAGAGAGUUACAAUAAUCCAUUCCCAUAGUUCUUUUUCUGCCAUGGCCCAUGAUGCUCUCUUCCACGCCAAGACAAUGGGGCUACAGACAGUCUUCACGGAUCAUUCCCUUUUUGGAUUUGCUGAUGUCAGCUCGGUGCUUACAAACAAGCUUCUAACUGUGUCUCUUUGUGACACAAACCACAUCAUUUGUGUCUCUUACACUAGUAAGGAAAAUACUGUACUAAGAGCAGCACUGAAUCCUGAAAUAGUGUCCGUCAUUCCUAAUGCUGUAGAUCCUACUGACUUCACUCCAGACCCGUUUAGGAGGCAUAAGAGUUUAAUAACUAUUGUUGUUGUGAGCAGACUUGUUUACAGAAAAGGGACCGAUUUGCUUAGUGGCAUAAUACCUGAACUCUGUCAGAAAUAUCCAGAUUUAAAUUUCAUAAUUGGAGGAGAGGGACCAAAGAGAAUCAUUUUGGAAGAAGUACGGGAAAGAUACCAGCUACAUGACAGGGUACGUCUUUUGGGAGCUUUAGAACACAAGGAUGUUAGAAAUGUCCUAGUUCAAGGACACAUUUUUCUUAAUACCUCCCUUACUGAAGCAUUCUGCAUGGCGAUCGUGGAAGCAGCCAGUUGUGGUUUACAGGUUGUAAGUACCAAGGUUGGUGGAAUUCCUGAAGUGCUCCCAGAAAACCUUAUUAUUUUAUGUGAGCCUUCAGUCAAAUCUUUGUGUGAAGGGUUGGAAAAAGCUAUUUUCCAGCUGAAGUCAGGCACAUUGCUAUCUCCAGAAAAGAUCCAUAACAUAGUGAAGACGUUCUACACCUGGAGGAAUGUCGCAGAGAGAACAGAAAAAGUAUAUGAGAGGGUGGCAAGAGAAGCCGUGUUAUCCAUGAACAAGCGACUGGACAGGCUCAUUUCUCACUGCGGUCCAGUAACAGGAUACAUUUUUGCAUUGCUGGCUGUAUUCAACUAUCUCUUCCUCAUUUUCCUGAGAUGGAUGACUCCAGAUUCUAUCAUUGACGUUGCCAUGGAUGCCACUGGGCCAGGGGGGGCGUGGACUCAACAGCGUCCUCUCAGUAAAGAAGGGAAUGAAAGGGAGAAGAAGGUGUCUAAAACCAGGUAGAAGACAGCCUGGUUGGUGUAAAACCCUAGGGAUUUGUAAUACUUCUAUUUAAGAGGGUUGAAAAUAACCUGGGUUUUUUGGUUUGUUAUCAGUUUUACACUUAAGUUUGUCAGUUAUGCUACCUCUAUAUCAUUCAAUGUUUUAUUUUGAGGAAAGAAAACCAUAUGCAAUUCCUGAGUGUCAACACUCCUUGCACUUCCUUGGAAUUUAGGAGAAAAUAGUUAAGCCACUCAGGUAUGAAAAAUUUCAGAUUACUGAAAUCCUCUAGCAGAGAUGUUUUAACCUAUUUUGGGAGCUUUGGGUGCUGAAGGGCCAAAUGUUUCUGGGCAUUUUUUUGGCCAGUUUUUUAAUGUUCUACCAUUAAUUAUAGACAUUUACCAGAUGUUUACAAGUUUUCUUUAGGAGUGGUACAACAAUUAUGUGAACUACUUUAAGUCAUGUUCAUGUACAUUAACUCGACAUUUUGAUCCUGCUCCUAAACGUUGGGGCCACACAGAAAGUAUUACAUCCAUUUGGUAGGUCUCUUAGUAAGGUGGUGUGUUGCUAGUGUGUGUUAAGCACCUGCUUUGUGUAAUAUGUUGUACUAGGUCGUUCUUCCCAUGAAGGACCAGGGAUGCAUUUGUUCGUUAUUAUUCAAAUGGCUUCCUUCAUUGUAGUCACAAUUGACACGAACUGGUAACAUAUCCAACAUGCCAAAAAUGUUCAUGCUUGCAAGGCCAGGAGUACUUCUUUGAUCCUGUUGUAUCCUUUCUCCUAGGUAGAGCUUUUGUCUUUAGUGGUGUUUUUGAAGAGACUUUUGUUUUGUAAAUUUUAGGGACCGAUAUCACUGUUGAUAGUGCAGAACCCCCCUGCACAUGUUUCAGUGCAUAAUUUAGGCCUUUUUAACUGCCUUCGUGUUUUCUGAACAGAAUGUAUGAGGUGUGCCAUCUCAAAACCAGCUGCUACCCUGUCCUUUUGAUAUCAGCCACUACCCUCCACUGUGGCCUAGCUGAUGUCUGCUAAGUAUUGUCAAUGUGCA